UUAGUACUAGUUUCCAAAUGUUAAAAAUAAAUCUAGAAAUAUGAUUCUGAAAAUAAGCGGCCAAAACACUAUACGCUUCAGUUUCCAAACAAACGCAACUCGUAUCAAAUCGCUUCUGAACGCCACUUGUCGCGUUACAGUAACAAAGAGAGAGAUGGUGACACUGAUCGUAGCCACCACCUCCGACCCAGCGUCGAUCAAUCCCGCGGCGGCGCUUCUAGCCAUGCCGGGAUGGACCGCCGGACCCAUCUUGCCGCCGGACAUGAAGAGUUUCGUUAACAAGCAAACGAGAGUGAUCCAACACGACGGAUCGAUAGUGAAAGAAGACGAUCUGGAUUCACGGUGGGAAGAAGCAACAGGGGAAGCUGUUGACGAAGUCAUCUUCCUCAGCCGUCACACCGCCGUCUCGAACCGUCCUGCUUUAACUGUUCACCCCAUUGGAGUGCUUCACCUGAAGGAAGGAGAGUCGCCGCCGCAAGGAGGGAAGCCUGGGUGGGCGGCGUUGACGAGCCCUAGAAUUGGUCCGUGGCUUCGUCUUUUGAAGAAGAUGGCUGAAGCUCAUAACUUAGUUCCUGAGUUUGAGAUAACAUUGGAAGGUACUCAUCAUGGACCAGUAACUAGUAAGCCGACCAUGUUUUUGGAGAUUGGUAGUACAGAGGAAUACUGGAAGAGACAAGACGCAGCUCAAGUCAUGGCUCUUUUAAUGUGGGAAGGACUUGGGCUUGGAGGUGGUGAAGCUGUGGGGAACUGGAGCAGUGAAACGGGGAAGAGGAAAGUUCUUCUAGGGAUUGGAGGUGGACAUUAUGCUCCUCGUCACAUGGAUGUAGUUUUGAAAGAUGAUGUUUGGGUAGGCCAUUUGCUUUCUGGAUACUCAUUGCCAAUGGAAGAACCAAAACCUGGAGAGAAGCACAUUGGUGGGUCUUGGAGACAGUCGAUCCAAGCAGCAUUUGAAGCUACUAAAGCAUCAUUCCCAGGAGGCGAGAUCGUGGCUCAUCUUGAUCACAAGAGCUUCAAAGGAUGGCAAAAGAAAGCCAUUACAGAGUUCUUGGCAGAACAGAACAUCUAUGUUGGGAAGCCAGACUAUUUCACUUGAACUGUGAGACCCAUAAAGACAUAUGGUUUGAGUUUUGGUUUAUUUAUUCAGAAUCUAUCAUUUGAUAGGUUUAGAUUAUUUUUAACCAAGUUACCAUUGAAAUACACCUAAAGCUUUCUUUAGAAUAUUUUCUUUAAGUUCAAAGCAAAUGUUUUAAACAAAAUAAACAUGUUAUUUGACACCAACUGAUCUACACUGAACGCUUAGUAGAUUGGUCGUUUUCGCACUUCCGUUAGUGCUUUUUCUUUUUCCUCAUUUCCUCGAAGAGAAUGAGAAAUUAUCAUUUGGUGAUGUGAAGAACAGAUAGUGGAUCACUGUGCUGCUUUUCUUUUUGUGUUCAAUAAUGUUAUUUCAUCAUAUAGUUCAUAAUCUUAAAUUUGAGCUGCUUGUGUGUGUGUAUAUGUUUGGAAUAAGAACUUGUAAAUUAUCCAUUCAAAAAGGUGUUACAAAAAAAGGUUUAUAAAAAAAAUCAGUUUAAAAAAAGGUUUAUAAAAAUCUGAUAAGUUAAAAAAAAAAACUAAAUCACGUAUAAUCAGGGGAACUGAAGAUAACGUGACUUCUGCGCAUCAAUACAAUACUAAAAGGGGGAUAAUCUCAACUCUCAGCCUAUCCACGUAAGCAUAAAUAAUCAACCUAUCACAAAGCUUUAAGUUGCCAGCUCGACAUGUCCUAUUUCUUCGUUGCAAACAAGCGGAUGAUUUGAAACCAAUCGUCUCUUCACUUUUCUUUUCGUCUCAGUGCAUCCUUUAAUAAUAGUCUGUCUGCCUCCCUCUCCACUUCAAAUCCCUAAAUCCCCAAGCAUCACCCUAUCUAUAGUAUUCCCGUCUCUCUCUCACCGGCUCCACAUUCUGGAAACCAAAACCCACCGCAUCCAUGGCUAACAACCACCAACUCCUCCAAACCUUUGUUCAUUCAUCUCCCGGAGAAAAGAUCCCGAGUAGCCUACGAAAGCUUCUCUCUAGAACCAACGAGGCUUCUUUAUCCGCCGUCAUCUCCAGGCUCGAGCAUGAACGGCAAGGAUUAACCGACGGCGGCGGAGAACGGUGGCGGAGAACGGUGGUGGAGAACGGUGGCAUACGGCGGAGGAUUUCUGCCGGCGCGAUAAGAAAACCGAGUAAGAGAGGAGGCUUAGAGAUAUGUGGCAUAAGAUCCAAGGAGAAGACGAUUGGGCCGGGUUAACGACCCAAUGGACCCGGUUCUCAGACCGGAGCUGAACCGUUACGGCGAAAUGGCUCGGGCCUGUUAAGACGCCUUCGGCUGCGAUCCUUCCUCGAGAUACUGCAGCAACCCAUGUCGAGUGUAGUCUUCACUUUGGUCACACAUUGGAUUCGACGUGGUUGUUGGUUCGAUGAGGCUCUGAGAACUCAAGCACUGCUAUUGGAGGCAGGCUUUCUGAAUAUCUUUGGUAUUGUAAGCUCCAGAGCGGUGUCUGUAUGGACCGGGUGAAUUAGAGACGGAAGUCUCAGGAAGUAGCUCUCGCUUUGUGGUUGGCUUCUUAUGUAACCGAGCUUCUGUUGUUUCCGUGUUCCCCUGUGAGGAGGGCUGUUGUGUUGAUGAGCUCUGGAGGUUGGAUAAUGCGCUGAGAUCAAGGUUUGGAAAAACCGAGCAACGGCACCGAGGACAUUUCACGUUCAAACACAGCCACUGGUCUAUGCACUCCACAUGGAAAUUAUGGGCGCAAGGAUGAGCCUAUUGAUAAGAGCAAGCACUAGGGUGAUUUGGAGGAAGAGGAACAAGAGGAUGAGAUGGAUGAAGAGGAACUAGAAGACGGCAUGGAAUCGUUUGAUACAUUGUCGAGACAUUGUUUUGCUUUAAACUCCAAGCACUCCAACUGGCACAGAGACACCAAAUGCAAUUGAAGCAGAGAAAGGAUUCCGAUAGGCCUCUAUAUCAAGUACUUGAAGAAUUGCUCCUGGAACAGUGUUCGGAACCACACACACAUACCUUAUUAAAACUGGUACUCAAGACAAGCCGGGAGCGAAAAGGGUUGAUUUGCUUUGAUUUGCUGAGAGGGGCAAAAGACAGAUAGUGUGGAUAUCAGUUUACAGCCAGAAGAGCUGGAGGCUAAUAAAUGCAUUUUUGAGUUCAAUAAGAAUAUAAAAGCUAUUGAAAAAUAGUGUUGUUAACUCUACCUACAUUUUUGAUUUUUUUGGAAGGUAUGAGGAGGCAAGAGAAGAGGAGAGAAACUACGCAAUAAGCCAGAGGACUUCAGUGACAUGGUCGCCGAGGUAAUGAUUGAACUUAAGAUAUAUAACUGUUUUAAUACCAUUGAUAUGCACAGAUGCAAGAAGUACAUCAGAUAUGGAUCAUGCAAGCAUGACAAAAGUCAGGGGAAGUAUCAGUAAGGCAGAUCCAUGAUGAUGAUAGAUUCUGAUAAAAGCCUUCAGGCACUUAGAUCGCACAGAUACAGCUAGGCUUUGCGGUCUCAGUAGCGAUUGCGGUUUGCAUUUUGUGUUCUUCGCAGGCCAGUCUCUAUUCACUACUUCUCUUUGAUAAAUUCCAUUACAUCUACGUAGAAAGCCGCAUUGGUUCUCAGUGUCUCAUGGAUCCCAUUACACCUUGCACUUGAAAAGGAACAAAACAAAUUCAAGAAAUAAAGAAGAAGAGCAGAUUUUGUGUCAUGCUGUUUUGGCUGCUAAUCAUUUCAUGUGUAUGGGUGUGAGCAAGGAGUUGAAAAAAAAAACCAAAAUCUUCUACAACUUCAACUGGUGAUCUUGGAAUUGGGCUUGAACAGCUUCAACUAAUGUCAAAAGUUAAGAACAUUGCUUCUCUGCAGCUAUAUGGAGAGGAGCAAGCGAGUGGUUCAUCACAAUGCCAGUACGAAUAAGAAGUCAGAUCAGAAGAUUAUGUCUUUUUUGGGUCUCAGCUUUGUCUCUUCUUCCAUAAGAAGAUCAAAGAAAACAAUGGCCGUUGCACCAUUUAUCUCUGUAGUUUGGACUUGACAUAGCGCUUCAGAUAAAGGGAAUAGAGUUUUCAUAAAUCAUUAUUAUUUUUUCUCAAAUGAAAAAUAAGUUUUUGAAAUUAAGAUACAUAUAAAUGUAUGUUUUAAACUUUGUCAAAAUAUCAUAACAAAUACAUUUCUCUUUCCGUAAUUGUUAAACAGCGAUGUUGUUCAUGUUU